AUGACGUCCAAUAGUGCAGAGUAUUUCAAUUUGUUAACUAAAGAGUAUCGGCUAUUGCCCAUAGUAUGCUUGAUUGAACAGGUUAGAGGAAUGCUUCAAUUGUGGUUCUACAAACGGAGGAAUUACUGGGCAUCUCAAAUGACAUUGCACUCUGACUAUUGUGAAACCCGAUUGGUAAGUGAGGCCGAUAAGGGCAGACGAUAUCGAGUUGAGCCUAUUGAUUGUUAUCAGGUCCACGUGCGAGAUAAUAGAUUGGACGAUAUUGUGAAUCUUCACACGAAGGAAUGCACAUGUAAGGAAUUCGACUCAGUUGGUAUCCUGUGUUCGCAUGCAAUUGUGGCUACCAAGGAACGAAACAUACCCAUUUGGAGUCUUUGCAGUCGAUUUUAUACAGUGGACUCCCUAAUGACUGCAUAUGCGGAGCCUAUAAAUCCACUCGGGCACAUAUCUGAAUGGAAAAGAGCUCCUAGAUAUGUAGAAAAGACUAUCCUUCCUCCAACGUUUGUGGCACAAGUCGGACGAUGGAGAGUGAGAAGAAUACCAUCCAGAGGAGAAUUUUGCAAACAAAUGAAAUGUGAUCGGUGUGGGAAUUAUGGGCAUAACCACCAAAAUUGUAGCAAACCACUCACAACCGUGCGACGUACUGAAAUGGUAGAAACUGUGACUCAAAUACCUCUCAUCCAGUUUAGUUUAUAA